CACAGAGGGCUGAUCUCUCAUUCAAAGGGUCACUCUCCCUGUGCUUAACACUUGUUGCAAAAAAAAGGGAAAAAAAGAAAAAAGGGGGGGAUUGGAAGAGCAAAUCUAGCGCAGCCUGUGGCAGGAGGAGAGGAACCAGGGGUGACCUGCGGAUCUGUAUGAAGGAUAAAGCCCCCUGUGAUCUGUCCCUGUGUGGGUGAAUCAUUUAUUAGCCAGGGCUUCUGUGCUGCUCUCACACGGGCUCCAGCAUGGUAGACAACACCAGCCUCGCCAGCAAAUCUGCCCUGGCUACCUUUUCCUCUUCUCCUACUCUCCCAUCUCUCCUAGUCUCUACUUCUUCCCACCACAACUCCCACUUCUCUGUUUCCCGUCCAUCACAACCCUCUCAAACAGUGCCUACAAGUGGUGCCAGCGGUGGGAUGAGGCUGGAGGCUGUUAUGGAGAACCUUCAGCGCCAACAGGCCGCCCGACUCGCCUUAGAGGAGAAACUGCGACAGGAAAAAGACAGAGAACUUCGCUGUAUGGUUGAGUCGAGAAUCCAGCAACAGGCUCUUGCUAUACGCCAUUAUCAGGCAGCAGUAAGAGCAGCGGCCGCAGCAGUGGUCACUUCUCCCUCUAUCUCUAACUCCACCAAUACAACCACAACAAGCUCUCCUGUGUCUCAGAACCGUCCUUCCCUUAUACUUUCACAGACACCAAUUAGGAGAACGGUGGAGGAGGAGCCAAAAGCCAGGAGCGAGGAAGAAGAAGAGGGAGAUUAUCUGGAGGGUGAGAUGGACGAUGAAAUGAUUGAGGAAGAUGAGGACGAUGAAAAGAUGAUUUCUCAUAUACAGCAUCCAGGGUCACCUAUCAAGGGAGUUUCUAGAAUAGGGAAUCCACAAGCACCAAAUACCCCUAUCCCAGGGCAGUCACAGACUCUAUCACCUACGGGGCAUCAUGAAUGGACCUACGAAGAGCAGUUUAAACAGUUGUAUGAACUCGAUGAUGACCCCAAACGGAAAGAAUUCCUCGACGAUCUGUUCAGCUAUAUGCAGAAACGAGGGACCCCUGUAAACCGAAUCCCCAUCAUGGCCAAGCAAGUCCUGGACCUUUACAUGCUCUACAGGCUGGUGACGGAGAAGGGAGGGUUGGUGGAGGUGAUCAACAAGAAAAUCUGGAGGGAAAUCACAAAAGGCCUCAGCCUACCCACAUCCAUCACCAGCGCGGCCUUCACGCUCCGUACCCAAUAUAUGAAGUAUCUUUAUCCCUAUGAAUGUGAGAAGAGAGGACUAAGCUCCCCGGGAGAGCUCCAGGCAGCUAUCGACAGCAACAGAAGGGAAGGCAGAAGACAGAGCUUUGGCUCCGGCCUCUUCAGUUACUCCCCUGUAGGGACCCCAAAUAUCCUGACCUCACCAAAGCUCGGCAUGAGCCAGCUGCCAGUGUCGGCACACAACGGAGGGCACAGCAACCAUAUUUCCACUAUCAAAAGAGAAGACAGCAUGCACCACUCAGGUACCCCUCAUCGCAUUGCGCUCCCUGUCAGUUUGCCCGGUCAUCAUGCGGCUGCUGCCCAAGCUGUGGCAAUGCAGGCGGCUGCCCUGGAGCAGCUGCGAGAAAAGCUGGAAUCUGGCGAACCUCCGGAGAAAAAAAUGGCGCUAAUGUCAGAGGAGCAGCAGAGAAUAAUGCAGCAUGCGCUACAGCAGAACCUCCUGGCUAUGGCUGCACAACUACCCAUGAACAUCAAGAUUAGCAACCGAGAUGACAGACAAGAGACAGCGAUGAACCUGUCUGCUACAGGCAUUAGUAGCGUCAACAUGUCGAUAGACAUAAAUGGAGUUGUCUAUGCAGGUGUGCUCUUUGCUCGCAGGCCAGGACCUCCGUCAAGUUCCAGCACUAACUCCAGCAGUAACAACGCUCUGUCUAGCCCAGUUCCAGAACAAAACAAGCCACCAACGUCUUCAUCACAGGCACACACUCCGCCAAGCUCUUCUCCAUGAAUCUGCACAAUGUGUCCUCAGCCGCCCCUUCUCCCUUGCACUGCUGUUCUAGGAGCUUCCUUGGUGGGUGGGGAAGAUUCCUUAUUCAGACAGCUUUCCCCAAGUUUCUGAUUAGAGAGCAAGACAGCACGAGGACACCUGCUAUAUGACUUAUGAGCCAGACAUGCAUCUUAGAACCUUCAACCGCUACAGCCUGAACGCUCUGCACACAAUGAGUUAAGGAGUCUGUUGCACACUGAGCAUGUUCCUUUCAAAACUGGAGCAAAUGAAGCAACUGGGUGAGGAGAUAUUGCGCAGGCAUGGAACACACGGCCGUCCUGCUCCCCCCUUUGCAUCUGCCCACUGGGUGAUGAGAUAUUGCGCGGGCAUGGAACACACACCUGUCCUGCUCCCCCCUUUGCAUCUGCCCACUGGGUGAUGAGAUUUUGCGCGGGCAUGGUACACACGCCUGUCCUGCUCCCCCCUUUGCAUCUGCCCACUGGGUGAUGAGAUAUUAUGCGGGCAUGGAACACACGCCUGUCCUGCUUUCCCCUUUGCAUCUGCCCUUUGCUAGGCACAGGUUAGUGUCUACCUGUGUGACCCUACCUCUAAACAACUCACCUGGUAAUCAUCACUCAUUAAAGAAAAUCCUAGUGCACUUACCUCUCGUUCUGAUGCACAAUAACCAGGAACUUGAUGCACAUACUUUUCAAAGAAAUAAAUACUCUUUAUCAGUGACCUCCAGAUGUCCUUAGUAAACUGGACAUAAGAUAUUGUCAUCUCACAUCCUGAAAUCCCAGAGAAGAACUCACAACUAUGUAGCUUUUACCAAAGAGAAAAAAAAAGAAAACAAAGACUUAAUUUAUUCAGUGGUACCAUAUCAAGUAGAAUAGAUAAGAGUGUUUUUUUUUUUAUUAUUUUGACGUGUUUGCAGAAUUGAAUGUUGUCUUAUUGCUAGUGUCACAAGGUAUCUUCCAAGGAUUGGCCUCUUGACGUUGUAAACAAAUAAUACCAUACCACCUUAACAGAUUUUCAUGGUAAUUACCAAUGACUCUAGUGAGCCUUACAGGUGACUCAAUUAUCAACCACAGUUACCUCGAAUCCUUCAACAUUCUCAACAAAUUUAAUCCCGAUGUGCCCUUCAAUUUACCAAAGCCAAAUGCAGAAAAAAGAAUAUAUCUUACCAUAACCUCCCUUUUUUAAUGCAGAUUAAUUCUACUUAGGUAAAAAUGUAGUAUUUUAAUAUGGUCUUUAUAAUAUUAAACUCUGAGAAAUAAAUGCUGUGGAAAUUACACUAAACUUAAUGGAACAUUUCCCUUGAAAAAAAUGUAUUUGUGAUAAAGCUUUUUUAUUCUGGCACUGAACAGAACAUAAAACCCUUAUAUUUGUUCAGUAAAAAAAAGUUCUAUGAAUGUAUGUAAAAUAAUAUUAAUAGUUUGCUGUUUUAUUUGUGAUAAGGUGUAAUCAUGCACAGAUUACUAUAAACGAUGUUAUAUGAACUUGACAUAAUCAGAAAAAAAAUCAGAAUAAAAUAGCUCCAGAUCAAAUACAUUUUUUUCUCCCUAGUCUCUUUUUUUUAACCAAAGAGGCUGAAGCCAAUUCUGGUAGCAAAGGGUUAAAUACGUGUUAUAGUCAGAGAAUAUGAUUGGCUGAGUCGUGGAUGGUAACCUGAAUUAAGUGAUGGUAACUUCAGAAGUGAUCUUUUUUUAUUCAGGUGCCAUAUGGGAAAUAAAAUUGAUUUGCUUGCAAGAUUAUAGGAACUGUAGGUUAAGGGGACUAGAUGGAUUGUUAUAUGAUAAACUGACCCUUCUUCUUUCACAUGCCACUGCAAAAUGGUAAUUUAAUGGGACAUUUACUGUAAAAAAGGGCAUUUAUUGUGUAUUACAGUUUUUAUAAAAAAAUAGAUGCCACCUGUGUUAAAAAACAAACAAAUAUUUUUGUGGGGUGUGCCACUGUGCACCAAUAGGGGUAGGAGUGUUCCUUAUCAGCCAGUGAGCUACCGGCCCAUGGACUACCUGUAUACAGACACGCCCUUCAUGUUAGUUUCAUAAUCACAAAAUGUAUUUAUAGUUUCUGCUGUUUGUUCCCAUCUAAAUGUUAAUAAUUGUGAUGGUUAUGAAUGGUCGUUGUGCCAAAUUAGUGAACACAUCCUGCUGUAACAGUUCAGAAAUGGUAACAUUUAUUGUCAGCAUAUAGUGUCAUGUGGGUAUAUACAGAAUUGCAACCCUAAGUUACUGGCACCACAUGGGCACCAGUCUGGGUUUGUAAAGAUAAUGUGUGACAGACAGUGGCAGCUCUAUGGGGGAGCUAUGCACCUCCAAAUGCACAUUGAGCUGUCAAGGGCUUCAUAUAUUAUGUUCACCACUUUUGUUAGCCCCACAAUAUUAUGUACUAGAACUGCCACUGGUGACAGAUGUAAUGAUUCUGUGAUCUGCUUGUUUAUACACCAGGAAAGGGGGCACCAAUGUCUUAUAAUGCAAUGAGGCGUGCAUGUGCACCUGCAGUUUUAUAAAUAGAUAAACAUUAUAUUGAGAAGUAGCUCCCUUAUUGAUAUUUGUUUUGUUGGCGAGGUGUAAUAUAAUUAUUUGUUAUCUUCAUUAAACACUUGCACAAGAGAAUUUGUGCUGUGGGUAUAAAUAAAAAUAUUACAGUGAUAGGGAUAAUUCAUGUAAAUUACACAAUCAUACAGAUAAUCCCAUAUACUGGCACAGGCAUACAGAUAAUCCUAUAGACUGACAAAAUUAUACAGAUAAUCCCAUAGACUAGCACAUGCAUACAGAUAAUCCCAUACACUGGCACAGGCAUACAGAUAAUCCUAUAGACUGACAAAAUUAUACAGAUAAUCCCAUAGACUAGCACAGGCAUACAGAUAAUCCCAUACACUGGCACAGGCAUACAGAUAAUCCUAUAGACUGGCACAGGCAUACAGAGAAUCCUAUAGACUGGCAGAAUCAUACAGAUAAUCCCAUAGACUGGCGCAGGCAUACAGAAAUUCCAAUAGACUGGCACAGGCAUACAAAUAAUCCCAUAAACUGGCACAAUUAUACAGAUAUUCCCAUAGACUGGCAUAGUCAUACAGAUAAUACCAUAGACGUGCACAGGCAUACAAAUAAUACCAUAGACUGGCACAAUCAUACAGAUAAUCCCAUAGACUGGCACAGAGAUACAUAUAAUUCCAUAAACUGGCACAAUCAUACAUAUAAUCCCAUAGACUGGCACAAUCAUACAUAUAAUCCCAUAAACUGGCACAAUUAUACAGAUAUUCCCAUAGACUGGCAUAGUCAUACAGAUAAUACCAUAGACGGGCACAGGCAUACAAAUAAUACCAUAGACUGGCACAAUCAUACAUAUAAUCCCAUAAACUGGCACAAUUAUACAGAUAUUCCCAUAGACUGGCAUAGUCAUACAGAUAAUACCAUAGACGUGCACAGGCAUACAAAUAAUACCAUAGACUGGCACAAUCAUACAGAUAAUCCCAUAGACUGGCACAGACAUACAUAUAAUUCCAUAAACUGGCACAAUCAUACAGAUAAUCCCAUAGACUGGCACAGGCAUACAGAUAAUCUCAUAGACUGGCACAGGCAUACAGAUAUUCCCAUAGACUGGCAUAGUCAAACAGAUAAACCCAUAGACUGGCACAGGCAUAAAGAUAAUACCAUAGACUGGCACAGGCAUACAAAUAACCUAAAUAAAUGGCACAAAGUCUGAUCCUGUAGUUAGGUAAUCCAGGCUCCUACCGCUGGCAACUGUCAUACUCGACACUGUGACUAUUCUUUCAUCUGGGAAGAAUCAAUACUGUAAGCCAAUUGCACGUAAUCAGUGGGGCUUAUACAUUCAUGUACACAAGGACAGACUCUAGUGCUCAUUGGCUGUCAGACAUGCACACAUCAUGGCAAUACAUUUGAUGUUUAUAAACAUUAAUAGCGUACUUUUUGAAGGUUGAAAAAAUGUCAUUAAUGGAGGGGUUGACAAACCAUCACUGCAUGGUGGAACCAUUUAUAUAUAGAUAUAUGCAGAAUAACCCAAAAAGUUAGGAGCCAGGGUUGAAAUUCUAUGAGCCCUGACUCUUGCAUUUGUCAAGCCCUGCAUUAAUGUCAAAUAUAUUUGCUAAAAUAAUAAGACUCAAACAUUUGAGCACUGAGCUCUGCUGUCACCUGAGCAUUUUUAGGUGGUUUAUAUAGAAUAAUUAUUGGAGCAUUUUGAAAUGAAUGGGUGUCUGUCCUUGGCAUCUAGACAGUGUAUUGAAGGCAUCCCUGUAGACCAAGGGGUUUAUAAUUUGUUUACUAUAUUCCCAGUGAAGAUUUGAUUGCACUUUGUGUGCCAUAGUCAUGCACAGCCUCUCGGGCUAGGAUACAAAACUUGCUCACCAUACUAUUUUUAAAACAGAUAUUAUUUUAUAAAUAAAUAUAUUGUAAAUAAAGAUUGAGUCACCAAACUAAGAUGACAUUUUAGCUAUUUGUAUCUGGGCUGUCAUAGCUGAUAUUUUGGGUCGCUGUCCCACUGUCACACAUCUCUACUGAAGCAGAACGGGUAGAGAAUAAAAAACAGAGACUCGCAUAUCUUUAGAAAUCUCUGGUGCACUUUUUGUGCUGGUGUUUCAAAAACUGAAGAUCUUGUGUGAUACGGAAAUGUUUUUUAUGGAAAACUGUGCCCCUAAUUAUGUUUUUAGUAAUGAGUGGCACUUUUUAAAAAUGUUAUUAUAACAAUAUAGUUUGCCUGUAAGUUAUGAAUAUUGUAAAAAUAUUUUAUAAAGUAGUGAAUGAUGUUACCAUAUUUUAUACUGGAAGUGACUUGCUUAUUUGUUUUUUGUCUUAACCCUUUACACAUCACAGAGGCCAGUAAGACAUUCUGGCAGUGAAAGGGUUUGGUCACCAAAGACUAAAGUAUCAUAUUUAACCCUUUGCAUGCUUGAAGGGGCAGGAGUUUGUUGCUAUGAAAUUUGAUGCAGCCUCACAGCAGCCGAGGGGUUAACAGUGCUGUCACUUUCCAACAUUUAAACCUGAUUAUACCUCAACUCUGCAUUACUUCUAACCUUUAUUUAACUGUAUGUUAUCAGAUAUCAUCAGUCCAGUAAAAUUAUUUCAUUUCUGUGUUAUGCCAAAAGGGAAAUCUCACAUCUACCUCAUUCAUAUAUAGUUGUAAAAAUCUAUAGUUCUACAAAUGUAAGUGAUUGAACCAGGCUCCUUGUGAUGGUAAAAGCCGUGUUUAAGAGGGUACCAGGGAUACCCCAAACCUCACGUCAGUAGGAAAUAGUGCAUUGCCGUUUCUUACAACAAAACAUAUUGUCUAGGGCAGCAUUGAUCUAUGAAUGUCGGAGAGCUGCUUUGUAACCCUGUGCCUUUAAUUUACAAAAGCCAAAGUAAUGAUUUGUCUAAACAAUAUGUAAAAUAAAUGUCAAAUUGGCGCACUGCUGCAAAAUGUACAGAGUGAUGGCUUUUUAUAUUUGUAUGACGGCGUGAAUGUCGCUAAUGUUCUUAACUGGUGAGCCCAUAGUUGGUUAAAUUAAUCAGCAUUGGACCCUGUAAAAUAUUAGAAUGAACUAAAUAAUGAAUACACGGAAUAUGUUGUCUCUCAGUGAUACAAAAUAUAUCCCACGUUUCAUUGUUCAACAUUCUACAUGGAAUUAAAUUAGCAGAGCUUUCCCUUCACCAAUCAAUCUUACCAAAUAAAUAUGUAGAAACACCAAUGAGAAACUCUGUUUUUAGGAUUUGGAAUAGUGUGUCUCUAUCUUCUCUCUAUAGUGUGUCCGUAUCUUCUCUCCAUGGUGUGUCCGUAUCUUCUCUCUAUGGUGUGUCCGUAUCUUCUCUCCAUAGUGUGUCCGUAUCUUCUGUCUAUAGUGUGUCCCUAUCUUUUCUCUAUAGUGUGUCCCUAUCUUCUGUCUAUAGUGUGUCUGUAUCUUCCCUCUAUAGUGUGUCUCUAGCUUCUCUCUAUUAGUGUGUUUGUAUCUUCUAUCUAUUAGUGUGUCUGUAUCUUCCCUCUAUGGUGUGUCUCUAUCUUCUCUCUAUUAGUGUGUCCGUAUCUUCUCUCCAUAGUGUGUCCGUAUCUUCUGUCUUUAGUGUGUGUGUAUCUUCUCUCUAUAGUGUGUCCCUACCUGCUCUCUAUUAGUGUGUCUGUAUCUUCCCUCUAUAGUGUGUCUCUAUCUUCUCUCUAUUAGUGUGUCCGUAUCUUCUCUCCAUAGUGUGUCCGUAUCUUCUGUCUUUAGUGUGUCUGUAUCUUCUCUCUAUAGUGUGUCCCUAUCUUCUCUCUAUUAGUGUGUCUGUAUCUUCCCUCUAUAGUGUGUCUCUAUCUUCUCUCUAUAGUGUGUCCCUACCUUCUCUCUAUUAGUGUGUCUGUAUCUUCCCUCUAUAGUGUGUCCCUAUCUUCUCUCUAUUAGUGUGUCUGUAUCUUCCCUCUAUAGUGUGUCUCUAUCUUCUCUCUAUAGUGUGUCCCUACCUUCUCUCUAUUAGUGUGUCUGUAUCUUCCCUCUAUAGUGUGUCUCUAUCUUCUCUCUAUUUGUGUGUCUCUAUCUUCUCUGACCAUUCAGUAGGACGUUUCUUAUUUACAAGCACAACUCAGAAGUGGCCCUGAACUAGGUGUUGAAGGGGCCAUCUGCCACUGCUUCUUUAAUAGGACACUUUGUGACUGCAGGAUAUUUAUGUUGUUUUGCUAUAGAAUAACAUAGCAGCCAAGUAUAAACAUUUUAAAAGAAAUUACAUGUUUUUUGCUACAACUGUUUUUCAAUAGACAAACUCCACCCACUAUUUUCCUCAUCUAGGCUUUAGAGUGCAGAGAAGGCUAACCACAGUCAUUAUGUUAGUAUGAAGUGCACUGUUUUACAGUUGUUAUCUGUUGAAGCCAGUCAGGGACAUAUAAGAAGCAGGGUUAACUUGUGUUGUCACCAGGGUGCAUUUUCAGUUCUGAGAAUUAGAAAUCCACAAUUAUCAGAGCUAAAUUAGAUGAAAAUGGAACAAAAUAAAUAAUGAAAGUAUGUUGGUUUGCACGUGUGACCAUGCUACCUCAGUCACCUCUUAUGAUCACAUUUUCAUGAUAGUUAAACAAGGACAAUUGCAGACAGAGCUAACAAUCAUCUCCAAACAAGUUGUUGAAUUCAAAAUGGCCGCCCCAAACCUGGUGUAUUGGUUCAUUUAGAGAAGACUGUUUGAGCUGUUGAACCAAAGAUCUACACUGCACACAAUUAUUGUUGACUUGAAAUCAUAUUGUUUAAAAGACUUAUGAAUGAUGUAAUUAUUAUUUGUAUGUUUUAUAUUGCUUUUUUUUUUGUCAUGCUUUGCCUGUAGAAUUCAGUCUCUGUCGGCUUAACUACUUUUUAAAGAAUGUAACUUGAGCCAUAUUGUAGGUUUUACCAUAAAUUAUAAAGAUUUAUCAUUAAUUUCUUUCAGAUCAAAGGAGCUUCUAACAUAUUUCAGUGUUUAUUCUAAUAUAGGGACAAUUUAUCUUCUGGUUAAAAAAAGCUUUCACCAUUUUUUUUCCAGCAAAAUUCUCCAUUAAAGCUUUGGAGAAUAUUUGUGAUUAUGUGAUAAGCUUUUUUUAAAAAAAAGUAUAUGUUGUCCCAUAGUAAAUAAGUCACAGUGUAACUGCACAAAUAUGCAGCUGAUCAGCUAACCACUGAUAACCAAACAGCCAAUAGGAUUGCCUUAUUAUAUAGGCUAAUCACUGAUAACCAAAGAGCCAAUAGCAUUGCCUUAUUAUAUAGGCCAAUCAAUGAUAACCAAACGGCCAAUAGGAUUGCCUUAUUAUAUAGGCCAAUUACUGAUAACCAAACGGCCAAUAGGAUUGCCUUAUUAUAUAGGCCAAUCUCUGAUAACCAAAGAGCCAAUAGCAUUGCCUUAUUAUAUCGGCCAAUCACUGAUAACCAAACGGCCAAUGAGGUUUGCCUUAUUAUAUAGGCCAAUUACUGAUAACCAAACGGCCAAUAGGAUUGCCUUAUUUUAUAGGCCAGUCACUGAUAACCAGGCAGCAAACAUAAAUGUAUCAUAUGAAAUAUUAAAAUUUGCCCUUCAGUUUAAUUGCACUGUGUGGUUGAUAUAUCUAGUGUAGAGCACUGUCUGCUGGCUCUGUGUACUAUAUGCUAAAUACAUUAAACAUGAGUUGUCCCUUCAGAGCUACUGUAGUUAGUUUUCGCUGGACAUGAUCUACUUAGAAAUAGUUUAAAACCAAAGAAGAAAAACCUGCAGUCUGGCUUCAUGUUCUUAAAGUUUUUUUCUCUUUUUUUGUGUCUGCCUUUUUAUUAAUCCAGUGCUCAUUAGGUAAAAAAUAAUAGAAACAGACUGGAUUGUGGUGCUCAGGGGAAUAAAAUAAGUUACAAUAAUAAAAAAAAGGUUAAAUAUUUUA